GUUGAGUUUUCGUCGUGGAUGCAUCGUCUCUGGAUUUGUAUUUCAACGUGUGACGCGAAAGUGCUAGAAGAAAAAAUGUAGCUUUUGUUGCAUUUUUAUAAAUUUAAUUAUAAUCUGCGACUGAUUAAUCAAGUGCUAGUAUUUUAAAGUGUUUCGGCAGGCGAAGGAGCGGUGUAAUGAAAAUACACCAAUGAGGAAAGUGUUUUACUUAUCUAAAGUGAAAUUCUGUUAGUGCAGAAAUUUUGUCGGGUGUACAAAUCGGAAAGUGAAGGAUUUCCAAUAAAUCCUACUCUGCAGGAGCAAAAAAGAAAAACAGCGAGUCCUGCUGUUCUUCAGCGGGCAAAUUAUCUACGGAGUUGAUUGAUUCUGUGCUUUUCAGCACAAGUUUCUGACGACAGGAGAAGAGAAAAAGAAAUCAAAAUGGCGCGUCACCGUCCGUGUUUUAUCGUUUUGACAAUGAUGCUGCUGGUGUGUCUUCAGCAGUCGAUUGCCGUUCGACACGGAUUUCCACCGGAUGUUCUGUUUGUGGAUUAUGAAAAGCAAGGGGCGGAACGAUCGUUUGUGAUCAACAGAUUCCACAAUGAAGAAGAAACCGACAGCAUGAGUGCAUUCAGUCGAAUGAAACGUAGCGCGGCUGCCGGGACCGGCGGUUCAUCGGCCGCUGGACCAACAUCAUCUGCCUCAACGACAAUGGGAGGAUCGGGAAAGGAUAAUAAAAAUUCCGUCCGCCCAGUGAUUGAAGCGAAGGUGAAUCAAUUAAACGACUCACAUGCUCAACUGAUUGUGCAUUGGCUGGGCGAGGGCACCAGCGUAAUGAUAUGCCUGGCUCGUGAACCUCCAGCUGAUAACGAUGCCAAAGCACCGCCUCCGCAGCCAUCGAGGAUAUUUGUGUCCAAAGACUACGGAGAUACCUUCGACGAUCAAACCGCCAUGUUUGAGCUCACUAUCAAUGGGACAACGGUAAACUCUACUGUGGAGCAGUUCUUCACGCAUCCUAAAUUUAAUACGAUUGUCUUCAGUGAUCCAAGAAAUAAAGCGAUUUUCACAUCAGAAGAUUACGGAAAAUCGGUAACGGUUCGGAUGCUGAACUUCACACCGUCUGAUGUGACUUUCUACGAGGCCGAUACUAAAAUGAUGCUUAUUCUCGAUAAGAAAGAUCCCGAACGUAAGCUGUAUUAUUCUACUGAUUUUGGUGCUUCUUUCACACUUUUGCAAAGUUAUGUAAAAUCUUACAUAUGGUCAUCUGGCGAAGGAGUUCCCAUCCAUCUUUACGUUGAACGAAAAGAACCAACCAACACAUCCUCAGUAAUUUUCUACAACGCACUCAGCUUGCGCAACAAUAGCAAUCAGUUCAAUGUUCUAAUUGAAAAAGUUGAGGAUUUUCAUAUCAAGAAGGAUUUCAUGUUCGCUUCGCAGCGGCUACCAAACAGUACCCAAUUGCUUAUCUCCUACAAGCGAGGUAAGUUUGUUAAAGCGGACUUCCAAACGGAAUUGGAUAUGAAGGGCUACCACGUGGCCGAUGUCGAUGGACGACGGAUUAUGAUCUCGGUGGUACAUACGGAACGGAUCGCACAUUUGUACGUAUCGGAGGCGAACGCCGAUAUGUCGGACAUCAAGUUUGUCCCCAGCUUGGAGAAUAUUUUCACUUAUGUGCCGGAGCUGAAUUGGCGAUCGAGCUGGCUAGUGCAAUCGUCUGAUGGUGCGUUCACUGAUUUGUACAAGGUAGAGGGUUUGCGGGGAAUUUACAUCGCUUCGAAAAUUAAUCGCAUACCGUUGAGCGAAACAAUUUCCCCCGAUUCAUUGGUAUCGCUCAUUACAUUUGAUCAUGGUGCGACCUGGCGUCCCAUUGCUGCGCCCACUACUGACGAUGACGGAUUGCCCAUUAACAACUGUGCCAAGGAUUGCAGUUUGCAUCUGUCCCAAAAGUUCAGUUCGUUGUAUCCGGUGACCAGAUCUGUAAGCAUAAUGAGCUCAAAAUCGGCACCUGGCGUUAUCAUGGCUUCCGGCGUUGUUGGAAAAUCGCUCAAAGGACACCCAGGUGUAUACAUUUCUCGUGACGCUGGGCUAACGUGGAAGCAAAUAUUGAAGGACUACCACUUCUUCAACAUGGGAGACCAUGGUGGCAUUCUGGUGGCUGUAAAAUACUUCAAAUCAAAGGGUGAAACCAAUGAAAUUCUGUAUUCCACCGAUGAAGGCGAAAAAUGGAUGUCAACGGACUUUCAUUCGACCAAUUUGAAGGUUUACGGAUUGAUGACUGAACCGGAUACAAACACAACGAUAUUCACCUUGUUUGGGUCGGAACAGGAAGAGCACCGAUGGUUGAUAAUCAAAGUGGACCUGAAGAACGCAUUCACAUCAAACUGUACCGAAGACGAUUACAAAUUUUGGGCCCCCGGAAACGAUACGUUCAUGCCAUGCGUUCUAGGAUUGCAAGAUACCUAUCAACGUCGGAAACCGCAUGCCAACUGUUAUAACGGAAUCGGAUACGAGCGACCAAUCCGCCAAGAAAUAUGUAAAUGCAGUCGCUGGGAUUUCGAUUGCGACUUUGGAUUCAGCAGAACCGGUACAGAAAAUAGUCCUUGUGUUCGGAAUAGAACUCUAGCGAACUACGACCCAUAUGCAAUUCCCACCAGCUGUAAGCCAGGUCAAUACUACAAACGUACCAAAGGAUACCGAAAGAUUGAGGGAGAUGUUUGUAUUGAGGGGCAGUCAUCGCAGUUCGUCCCCCAAUCGAUUCCUUGCCCGAUGGAGGAAAGUAACGAAUUUUUGGUGAUCGCUCAACGGGAUAAGAUCUCUCGCAUCAAUCUAAAUAACAAAACGAAAGAGGUAUUUCCGGUGACUGAAUUGAAAAAUGUGAUAGCGAUUGAGUUCGACAUGAAGCAUAAUUGUGUUUUCUGGGCGGAUAUCAUGACGGACGUUAUUGGUCGUCAGUGUUUGAACGGAAAUCAACCGCCGGAGCUGUUGGUAGAUACCGGAUUGUCAUCCGUGGAAGGUAUGUCGUACGAUUGGGUUUCGGAGAUGUUGUACUUUGUGGAUGGAAUGCGACUAAAGAUUGAAGCAGUGAAAACCAGCACACCCACGCACGGCCGAAUGAGACGGACCAUAAUUGAAGCUCCACAUUUGAACAAGCCUCGCGGAAUCGUUGUUCACCCGCUGCAAGGUUAUUUGUUCUGGACGGAUUGGAAUGCACUGAAGCCGUCGGUUUCGCGGGCUAAUUUGGAUGGCAAAGACAUAAGAACGCUGUUCUCCAAACCGGAGGUCGUCUGGCCAAACGGAGUAACAAUUGAUUACAUCGCCGAGAGGUUGUAUUGGGUUGACGCCAGUAAGGAUUAUAUUGCGAGCAGUGACAUGGAUGGAAAAAAUUUCAUCAAGAUUCUACAACAAGACUCUCGUGUCGCACAUCCGUUUGCAGUGGCAGUGCUGAAGGAUCUUAUGUACUGGGACGAUUGGAAAAUGAACUCAGUUUAUUCUGCUGACAAGGAUCAUGGAAUCAUGAUAAAUAUCAUUGCAGAAGAAAUGAUGAAUUCCAUGGAUCUAAAGGUCUAUGGUCAUUCGGUGCAAGAAGGAGCUAACGCGUGUUCAGUGGGUAAAAAAUGCUCGCACAUCUGUGUAGGUGCACCAAAUUCCGGGUACAGCUGUUUGUGUCCGGAUGGCAUGGAACAGAAUGCUCAGGGUCAAUGCCUAUGUCCAGGUGGAGGCACUCCGUUUGCCAAUAAUACCUGCGCACGAUCCGGAAGUACUUGCGGAUCGAAGUUCUUCGAUUGCAAGAAUAACAUUUGUGUACCGUUGAUUUAUAAGUGCGACGGAGACGAUGACUGCGGAGACCGGUCGGAUGAAGAGGGCUGUCCUGCAGAUAAGCCUCCAUGCCCGCCAUACAUGUUCACUUGCAAAUCGGAUAAACAAUGCGUGCCCAAAUACUUUGUGUGUGAUUUCGAUCGAGAUUGUUUGGAUGGAUCUGAUGAACAUAACUGUAAGCCGGCCUCCUGCAAAUCGGAUGAAUAUACCUGCGGUAAUGGACGGUGCAUCAAUAAGAGCUGGCUUUGCGAUGGAGAAGACGACUGUCGCGAUGGAACGGAUGAGGCUAGUUGCAAUAAGAACAGUACCACAAUCGUUGAAUGUAAAGCAGACGAGUUCCGUUGCAACGGGACGAAUACGUGCAUCCCGAAACAGUGGCGCUGCGAUACGGAACAGGAUUGCAAUGACGGUUCGGAUGAAAUAAACUGCAGUAAGAAAGAGUGUGAACCAUGGAUGUUUAUGUGCACAGGUGACUCGAGGUGCAUUUAUAAGACAUGGCAGUGUGAUGGGGAGAAAGAUUGCAAGGAUGGAAGUGACGAGAAAAAUUGUAGCUUAUCUACUGAAGUGCCAAAGAAGCCUGGAAUAAAUUUCCUCCCGGGAGAUUCAUGCCAUGAUUGGAUGUUUAAAUGUGCCAAUGACAAAUGUGUGCCAUACUGGUGGAAAUGCGAUGGAGUGAAUGACUGCGGGGACGAGUCCGAUGAAACGGGAUGUAAUUCGACUCAAACUAUGACGACCACUACGGUGAAACCUAUUCCAACCAGAAAGAAGGAACGAAAUUGUGGAUUGCAUGAAUUCCGCUGUGAUUCCGGAGUGUGCAUUUCAAAGAGAUUCGUAUGCGAUGGUUACGAGGACUGCAGUCGAGGGGAAGACGAGGAUAACUGUCCAACACAGAAACAAUGCAGCAACAAACAUUUCAGAUGUCGUAGUGAUGGCAUGUGUCUACCGAUGGAUAUGUACUGCAAUAAUGUGGUGGAUUGUGCAGAUGGAAGCGACGAGGAUUGCAAGUUUAAACCAAGCACAUCUACAACCUCCGCGAACAAUUGCACAAACAACCCCGGUGUAUUUGCAUGCGACAACACGUGUUUUGCGUUGAUGGUGUUGUGUGAUGGAAAACCCGAUUGCUAUGAUGGAACGGACGAGGAAAAUUGCGAAAAGAUGAAGAUCAAACACUAUCAGGUUACACAAAUCGGUGUGGACGAGCGUUCGCUUAACUCUACCAGUUUCCUGAUCUUCUGGUGGAUUCCUCUGCCGAGUGACGUUAAGUUAGAAUAUCUGCCAUCGAUUUACUACAACGGAGAAUGGAAGAAUGUCAGCAAUUGGAUCACGGAGACGGACUACCGGUUCACGAACUUGAAACCUUUCACCCUCUAUAACGUGACAACGUACGUGAGAGUGAAGGGCCAAACCAAAAUCACUCCCCCAUACAUCUACUACGAGAUAGCAACCAGUGAAGGAAUUCCAAGUAUUCCGCUGAAUGUUUCUGUUGUGCAAGUCAAUGGUUCGCGAAUUCAAGUCAGUUGGCAAGUGCCCAAAGAGGUGAAUGGUCAACUUCAAGGUUUCACCAUCAACUAUCGUUCGCAAUCGAAGAAUGUAGGUCCAGCACAAAACGUUAAGGUCGGACCUUCAGAAACCAACUACCUUAUCGAAACCGAGUUUAAACCGGACGUCGUUUAUGAGUUUUGGGUUAAGGCACGCAAUGGCAAACACGAAUCCGUUUCGUCGAAUAUGGUGCAACUUAAAUUUGAUGGUACUUCCAACAUUGCGAAGAUAGACAAAAUACAGGAGGUUAACAAAACGAAGAAAUCCGUCACAUUGGAGUGGAAGCCGGUUGAUGGAGCUGAUGGUUACAUGAUUCAACCCAUUCUACCUCAAUCCUAUCCUCUCCUUAGUACGAUUUGGGCAAAGAAUUCUUCGGUAACACUGGACAACAUGGUUCCCGGAACACAGUAUCUUAUCAAGGUGGCAGCAUACGUGAAGCAGUACGUUGGACGACACGAGACAACUGUCAUCCAAUUCGGAGGAGAACCUCUGCCCGCUAUCAAUCUUAGAUUGAAGGAACAGACCCAAGACUAUUCUCUGUUAGAAUGGGACGAACCUCAUGGCAACUACGGAAAAUUGGUUUACGGCGUCUACUAUGGCACUAAUAUGGAUCAGCUUUUUGAAGCUUCCAGAUUCAACACAAGUGCCACCAGUUAUAAAAUGACAAAGCUGCGCCCGUGCGAAUCCUAUGUCGUUAGCGUUGGAAUCGUAGGGCCCAUUGGUCCUGGCCCCUUGGGAAGGAAUCCGCUGAAGCUGGACACUCCCUACAACAAUACUUUGCCGCCGAAAGAAUUGAACGUCGAUAUUAGCGGAACUAGUCACAACUCUUCCGAAAUGAUUGUCCAGUGGAAGCAUAGCUGCGCGCUGGAAUCACCCCGUUAUCCGAAGUACAUCAUUUCCGUCCGGGAGCUCACGAAGAAUGAGAUUUCGUCCGUAAAAGUUAACUCAACUUCCAACAAAACUCAGGUACACGUGUUCCGAAGUAUUCCCCUAGGUGCCGCUUACGAGGUUUCGGUUGCGACCGAUGUUCCGAAUGCCCAAAUCGUAACAGCAAUUGCCUAUUCUGCACCUUUACCGGCUCCAUCGCGGUUGCAGGUUUGGCCGGAAGCUAAUGGUAGCUACGUUGUCUACUGGAAGCCGGUGAUUGAUUUCAAAGAUGUUCCGUUUAGCUAUCAAGCGGUGGUAUAUGAAGGAAAAGGUGUCAACAAUACGAACCCACCUCUAAUGACACUGGACGGUAAUGAACCACCGUUACUCAUCAAUCCGAAUCGGCUGGUUGAAUUACCGGUGGAUAGUAUGUUCACCAUCGGUGUAAGACUGAAAACAGUCGAUGGAUACUACUCGGACAUCGUAGAGACGGAACACUUCUCAAAGCACGAAUUCGUGCAAGAGUCAUCCUUCUCCAGCGCAUGGUUGUGGGUGGUGCCCACCAUAAUAGCGCUGGUGCUCGCCCUGACCGUGGUUUAUGUAAUGCAGAGGCACCGGCGGUUGCAGAAUUCUUUCAGCCGAUUCGCCAAUUCCCACUACGACACCCGAACGGGAGCAACAAGAAUCGGCGACAGUUUGGACGACGACGAACACGAGCAUCAAGAGGUGCCUCGGAGUUUCUCAGACGAUGAGCCACUCGUCAUCGCAUAAGCGGGUAGUCGGAAAUAAUAGUUUUCGGUUUUUACGCGUAGAUACUGUGUAGGAAUAAUUGACGAAAAACGCUUGUGCAACUUUCUGCUCAUUUAGAAAAAAGGAAAGAAAUUUGUAAUAAGUUAGAUCUAAAGUAACGAACGCGGGCUCGGUUCGUCCAGGACUGAGCUCAUUUUGUCUGUGAGCAUUGCAUAUAACUUUUUUAAACAGUAACGAAGUUUAAUAUCCUAAAGCAAAAGACUAGUAAUUAUGUAUUUAUGUUGAUUUUAUUUUAAUAGGUUUAUUUAAUUAGUUCCAUUGUACAUUUUGAGGUUGUUUUUUCUGUAUAGACAAUUUCUUGUAUUAUAUAAAGUAAAAGAAAACAAAAACUAAGACUACGGGAUUUUGUUAUUAUAGUAUUUGAUGGUCGAUUGAUAUUCGAAUUUAAUGAUACACAUUUUUUUAGAUAUGAUAAAAAAUAAAAUCAUUGAUUUUUAAGAUUUUUUUUUCUGAUUUCAAACAUAUUUAUUUAUAUGUAAAUUUCUUGACCACUUUAACUAUUUUACGAUAGUUCUUCGAAAAAUUCAUUAAAUGCGGGUAGCAUUCGACUCGUGCGAUAAUAUUAAAAAUCCCCACUAGAAAGCAAAGCGAGAUUGAUACCGAGAGUGAACGAGUUUUGUUGAGAAACAGGGGAUGAAAUUAUUAGUAGUGACAUUCAUAUGUGUAUAUUAGUCGAGAUAAAAAAAACUGAAGAUAUUAACGCAGACGAUUUGUAAUAGACAGUGUAAUUUGAUAAUACGCUAGACGAUUGAAGGAAGAAAUACGACCAUUGAAAAACAGCUUUACCGAGAAAGGAUUCUCUGACAAGAGGCUUCGGGUGACACAGUUGUACUAUUUUCCCUCGAAUGCCAAGCCACAAUGCCAGUACUUCGAAUGUAGAUAGAAGGAAUUUCAAAUAUAGAAAGAGGAUUGUGGGCAGUUUAGCUGAUUGUUUGGAUUCAUAAGAGACGUUCGUAUGUCGUAGCCUGUUGAUUAAGAUCAAAUAAAUAAAUAGCCUCAUGAGACGUUCGUAUGUUCGUAUGACCUAAUAAAAUUAUUUUCGAUGCGUUCGACUUCUGGUUUGACAGUUGGAAACUUUGUGGAAGGAUAAUGGCUAAUCAAAUUCUAAUCAGAAUGUAGUGCCAUGAAAAAGAAAAAAAUCAUCAAUAUUUGAGAUCAAAGAUCGGGGAAAAUGUGAUAUUCGGGGGAAAGUAGCAUAACCAGUUAACGCAUUACGUCUAAUACCAUCUCCAUUCAGUUAAGAAGUAUAAGGUAAAAUACGGUUUUGGAUGCAUUAUUAGCCAUGUCUAAAGAAUAUAGUCCUCGGCAUUUGUAUGAAGAUUCUUUGAUCGACAUUCGCACAUACUCUAUACCAAACAUGUUUCAGGAACAUCACGUCAUAGGUUUUGUUCACUUUAUCGCAAUUAGCUUUAACAAGUGAGUAGCAAUUACAUCCGAGAAAAAAGCAAUUUUUGUUAAAAGUCUAUUCCAAUCGAACCUAUAGGGUUUCGAAAAAUGUGCUAAAAUGGAAAUACAAGUGAAGACAAAGAUUAAUUAUAGUUGAUAACAAAUAACUAUAACAAUAAGUUACUAUACACCAUACGCGAAAUUAUUAGGAACAAAAGGGUAUUCGCAAGUGUUUGAACUGGUUUUUCACGUGAAUUUGGUUUAUCAUUAAGUGUGGGUAAAAGAACUGUGAGAUACAAAACUUCGAUUGCAAGAUGAUGGUAAUGAUAAUGCAAAAAUAUUACCAUGAUUAUUUAUCCUAUAAAAUUCUUCCUGCUGUCUGAUCUGGUUGUUUUCCUUAAUUAGUGUCAGUGGUUCCAAACAAAAGGUGAAAAUAAAUAUAAGUAGUAAAUUAACUGAAUAAUGAUCGUAAUGUAACAAUUCAUGAUGCAUUAAACUUGAUCGAAGAUGUGACGUGAUCAUAAAACAUAAA